AUGUCAGCACCGGCAGGAGGUCUUACUAGACGCCGAGGAGGUGGAGGCGCCGCGGCCGGCGAUGGCGAGACCAGCAACGGCGCUCCCCGCACCAACUCCACGAACAACUUCAAGGACAGCGCCCCCGAGACGAGCUACGAGAGCGGAGAGAACGGCCACAAGAUCGCCUUCGACCCCCGCGACAUCAGUGAGAGCGCCGAACGCAGCAAACAGCCCAAGUUGACCUUGAUGGAGGAGGUUCUACUGCUCGGCCUCAAGGACAAGCAGGGCUACCUAUCGUUCUGGAACGACAACAUCUCAUACGCUCUCCGAGGAUGCAUCGUCAUUGAGCUCGCCUUCCGGGGUCGCAUCAGCAUGCAGAAGGAUGCCUCGAGACGGCGCUUUCCCCUCGCAGACCGCGUCAUCGAAGUGAUCGACGAGACCCUUACAGGCGAAGUGCUACUCGACGAGGCAUUGAAGAUGAUGAAGCAGAGCGAGAAGAUGAGCGUCAGCUCCUGGAUUGACCUGAUGAGCGGAGAAACAUGGAACUUGAUGAAGAUUGGAUACCAAUUAAAACAGGUUCGCGAGCGCCUGGCCAAGGGUCUCGUCGAUAAGGGUAUUCUCCGCACCGAGAAGCGCAACUUCCUUCUCUUCGACAUGGCGACCCACCCUGUCGCUGACGGAGGGGCCAAGGAGGAGAUUCGCCGCCGUGUCCGUAACGUUCUGACCCAGCGUACUGUCGUCCUACCCGCGUCCCAGUUCCUGCCCGAGAACCUUGAGUUCCGCUACGUGCGCACCAUUGCCAUGGUUUGCGCCGCCUACGCCGCCAACGUGCUCGAGAACGCCCUCAGCACCCUCGGCCACGAGGCCCGCGAGCGCGCCUUCGCCCAGACGGACGAGCUCCUCGCCGACUACAGCCAGUGGCCAUUCGGAAAGAAGGCCACCGGCAAUGGCAUCGGCGCCAACCUUCCCCAAGUCAUCGCAGAGGAAAUCAGCAGCGGCAAGGACAAGGAGCUGCAACUCGAAGUUGUCGCCGCCUGUCUGAGCGUUUUCACCCGUCUCGACUCCCUCUUGUAA